UGACAAAUAAUUUUCUGACAGAGAUAUAUUGGAUGUUUUAUGUAUGUCAGUAUAGUGAACCACGCUGGUAUAAAUACAUACAAGUGGGCUACCAGUAGGUCGCUACAUCGUGUACUGCCAUACAGGACAGUUUAUGUUAUUGCUCGGUUAAGAUAAACGUUUAGUUUAUCAAAUUAUGACAGCGAAAACUAUAGUUUUGAACAACGGUGUAAAGAUUCCCGUACUCGGGCUUGGUACCUGGCAGGCAGGUGAUGAUCCAAAGAUUGUCGAGCAAGCUGUGCACGAUGCUAUUGAUGCUGGAUACCGGCAUUUUGAUUGCGCUUACAUUUAUCAGAAUGAAAAGGAAAUUGGCAAAGCUCUACGUGAGACGAUCGCGAAAGGGAUUGUGAGGAGAGAAGAUCUCUUCAUUACUACUAAGUUGUGGAACACAUUUCAUAAACGAGAAAACGUGGUGCCGGCUUGCCUAAAAUCUGCGGGAAACUUUGGACUCGGCUACGUGGAUCUCUACCUAAUACACUGGCCCAUGUCUUAUGCGGAAAAUGCCGACGGUAUAAUGCCGCUUGACGAAAACGGCGAUCCGAUGUUCGGACACGAGGAUUUCCUUGACACGUGGCGCGGUAUGGAGGAAUGCGUGAAAUUGGGUUUAACGAGGAGUAUUGGCCUCAGUAAUUUCAACGCUGAGCAGAUUGACCGCGUAUUAUCGAUUGCUCAAAUAAAGCCGGUAAUAAAUCAGGUGGAAUGCCAUCCGAAUUUGAACCAGAGAAAAUUGAGAGACUUUUGUGCGAGUCGUGACAUAGCUGUCACAGCUUAUAGCCCGUUUGGUUCGCCUAAUUGGCCUUGGACUAAACCUGGCGAUCCCAAAGUUGUCCUUGAUACACCUGAAAUUGUAAAUAUUGGUGCUAAGUACGGCAAAACUCCCGCACAAGUUAUUCUAAGAUACUUGAUUGACAUUGGUACUAUACCAAUCCCAAAAUCUAGUUCAAAGAAGCGUAUCGAAGAGAAUAUUGACAUCUUUGAUUUUAAGUUAACUCCGGAAGAAAUAGUCACGAUCGACAAAUUCGAUUGUGAUGGACGUAUAGUGCAGCUUAAAAAAUAUGAAACGCACAAGGAUUAUCCUUUCCGUUUGGAAUUUUAAUUGACAGCGUACGACAAACGUUUCGUAAAUGGCUCUUAUUAACCAAUCAGACGAGACCUAUUGGCCAGCAGCUCCUUUUUAAUUGGUUAAAAGACGCAAACGCGAACGCAGACGUAAUCUCCAAUCGCUAGUAUGAUACGGGCAUUAGACACGGUUACACCAAUAUUACUUGAUUUUAAGCGAGACUUCAGACUCUAUCUAUCUUGUAUUAAAGCUGAAAGAGAGGCAGAAACAGAGACAGUUUAAGUUUCGCUUAAAAUCGAAAUUACAAUCGUGGGUGCAAUCGGGCCUUAGACAAUCAAUAUUAUUACACCAAUAUUUUUGAUCACACACACAUCUGGAGACUCCAGUUGUUUUAAAUUGUUUAA